CGCGCCGCGGCGCUGCUCCCCGCGCCGCGGGGGCGGCGGGCGCGGCGGCCGCCGCGCUCGCGGGGCGCUGGCUGCUACGGGGCGCCUGCCGAGACGGGCGCCGGAUGGCGCGCGCGCAGUCGAGGAAGUCGUCGGCCCAGCAGCGCGUGCGGGAGGUCGAGACGAUCGUGUCGUCGGAGGACGAGGGCACCAUCUCCAAGGCGCGCUCCCCCGAGCUGGAGCUGGAGCCGCCGCCCGACCAGCUGGGCGGGGCGCGGUACGACUCCGUGCGGAAGGAGCUCUCCGUCCUGAUCCCGUUCCUGCCGGAGCCAGGCUACCGCGCCUUCGCGGCCAACGUGCCAGGGGACUCUGGCUUCGACCCCCUCGGCCUCUGCACGGACGUGGAGACGUUCGUCCAGUACCGGGAGGCCGAGGUGAAGCACGCGCGCCUGGCCAUGAUCGCCGCCCUCGCCUGGCCCAUCGCAGAGCUGGUGGACCAGCAGGUCGAGGACUCAGGC